CUCGGGGAGCGGUAUCGCCGCCGCCGGUGGUGUCAGUCGCCGGGCCGAAAUCUGCCCUGUCGCGAGUUUGCUGCUCAGUGCCAUCAUUCUUUGACAAGGAAGUGGACUGCUGUUGUGCACCAGCCAGCCACCAAACAUAUCAGAUUAGCAAUCCUCCCGUAGUUGAUCGGGAUUUCGGAUUGGGGAAAAUUCGUUGCCGAAAAACACUUGUGAUUUGUUUGGACGUGCCGUGGGACGUCAUCGCUGUUUGUGUGCCCAGACGUCCAGGUAGCUGUUCUACUGAGCUGUCAAGUGUAUAGCACCAAAAAUCCCAACAGUGCGUUGAAAACAAACCGGUGGCAUUCACAAAGCAUCUAGCAGCUACUCACGUCUGUUCAGCAGUCUCACACAAUGGCGGAAGGCAUCAAACCAAAUAUAUCCCAGCAAACGCUGGUCAAGAAUGGUGAUGUGCCAGAUGUCAAAUUCGCUUCAACUCCAUCGGGUGAAGUGACUCCUACAAGAGCAUCAUCAACAUUUGGCAGAAAGAUUACGAUUCGUCAAGGAAUAUCUGUUGCUAUCCUUUGCUUUGUUAACCUUAUAAAUUAUAUGGACAGAUUUACUAUAGCUGGCAUUCUGACAGACAUCCAGACGCACUUUGAUGUGAACGACUCCAUGGCUGGCCUCCUCCAGACUGUCUUCAUCAUAUCCUACAUGAUCUUCGCCCCACUCUUUGGCUUCCUGGGCGAUCGAUACAGCCGCAAGUGGAUCAUGGCCCUGGGUGUGUUCAUCUGGUCACUGACAACUCUGCUGGGCUCAUUCAUGGAGACCUUCACCGGGUUCAUCUUGACACGCGCCGCCGUCGGCAUCGGCGAGGCCAGCUACUCGACCAUCGCGCCCACCCUCAUCUCCGACAUGUUCGCUAAGGACAUGCGCUCCAUCAUGCUGGCCGUCUUCUACUUCGCCAUCCCCAUCGGCAGCGGUCUAGGCUACAUCGUGGGCUCGAAGGCGGCGGAGGCAGCAGGCGCCUGGCAGUGGGGCCUGCGCGUGACGCCAAUCCUGGGCGCCGUGGCCGUGCUGCUGCUGAUCGCGGUGCUGAUCGACCCGCCGCGCGGCGAGAGUGAGGGCACCUCCAAUCUGCGCCCCACCACCUGGUCGGAGGACCUGCGCGCUAUCAUACGCAAUCCGAGCUUCUUGCUGGGCACGUUGGGCUUCACGUGCGUGGCGUUCGUGGCGGGCGCGCUCUCCUGGUGGGGGCCUAAGUACGUGACGGACGGCCUCAAGCUUCAGGUCGGCGACGAGAACGCCGACAUCAACGAUGUGUCCUUCAUCUUCGGCGUGGUGACGAUGCUGGCCGGCCUGGUGGGCGUGUCGCUCGGCUCGUUUGCCGCCACCUGGCUGCGGCCCCGCUUCCCGCGCGCCGACCCCAUCGUCUGCGCCGCCGGCCUGCUGCUCUCCAUGCCGUUCAUGUUCAGCGGCGCCAUCGUCUGCCAGUACAGCACCAACUGGGCCUAUGUGCUGCUCUUCUUCGGCCAGGUGUUCCUCAACCUCAACUGGUCCAUCGUUGCCGACAUGCUGCUGUACGUGGUGGUGCCCACCCGACGCUCGACGGCCGAAGCGUUCCAGAUCCUGGCGUCGCACCUGUUCGGAGAUGCUGGCAGUCCGUACCUGAUCGGCAUCGUGUCGGACGCCCUGCAGCGCUUCCUGGCGCCCAGCGAGCCUCAGGCGACCGCGACCGUGCUGAACGCCACGGUCGGACAGCCACUGAACUUCACCACGGCAGCCAGCGUGGACAGCGUCUCGCUGGCCAUGGCCGCGCCCGUCUCUGACCCGGACACUGACACUUACGUCAGCUUCAAGAGCAUGCAAUACGCGCUGUUCAUCACCAUGUUCGUCGAGGUGCUGGGCGGCUUGUUCUUCCUGAUCAACGCGGCUUACAUCGUGCGCGACCGAGAACGCGCCCGUCGCCUUACGGCAGGCGGCGAGUGCCUGCAGGCGGUCGCCGAUAUUCCCGCAAACAACGUGUUCGCCGACGAUCCCAUGUUCCGGGAACAGAGCCGCGAACUGCUGUCUUAGUGGACCCUGAUGUCAACUGUCGGGCGCGACCGGAAGCUUCAGUGUUGUGUGGCGCCGCUGUCUAGUCCUCCCGGUGGGUUCGCCACUGUUGUCUGCGCGCGCACGUGGGCUGGGAGUGCGGCGCUGCUCGCGCCCGUGUUUGCUUCCGUGGCGUCGGUGUCGUGCGUAGCUCUGUAUGGGUGGUUUGGAUGUCCACGCCGCUCUAGCUAAGACCCGGCCGAUGCCGACUGACAACGCGUACCGGCCAAUGUAACGGGUCCUGCUUCAUAAGGGUAGCUGUUCGCGAUGCGCGGCUCGAGCUUGACGUUUCCAACGUGUUCUUCCACUUGCUCAAGACGGCCUGGAGCCUCUUGCGGCGAUACCGCCGUAGUUCGUAGUCGGGAGAAGCAGGUCCGCUACCGGCGGACGGCUGCACCCGAUCUCCGUGGGUCGCCCUUCUGUUGUAGACAUGCUGGGCGUGCCGUUGACAUCGCUGGACCAGUGGAACAUCUUCCACCUCGAGUGGUUGGAGGCGCCGCAGCAGGAGCAGCGGGCGGACGGCGCCCCGCCGCCAGCAAUGCCCUCGCGAUGCGCCCCGCCUUUGGA